UUUUUGAAAUAAGAAUAUGCCUAUAAUCGGGAAUGUGAGCUAUCAUCAUGCCAAAUUUCAGCCCAAUCCGACCAGUAUUUUUUGCGUUUACUUGUCACAAACAUACAUACAUCCAUACAUCCAAACUUUCUCAUUUAUAAUAUUAGUAGUAUAAUUAGAAACUAGAUUUUUAGAAACUAGCCUACCUGAAAACAAUGGUGCAAGGAUUUUUCUGCGUUCACAAAAACUAAAUAAACUACGAUCAUUUGAAUUUUAUUACGGUACUGUAAUGCCUCUGUAAUGUCUGCUGGUCUCUGUUGCCAUUACCUACUGUGAAUUGACUAACACAAACAUGAAUGAUAGAAAGGAUUGUCUAGGGAAGAAGAAGAAACCUAAGAUGACAAACAUUUAGUUUGUACAAAGAGGUAGAGUACCAAAGAGUUUCAGAGAGCCCAGUAAAUAAAACACCACGACGAGGAAAUUUAACAGGGAAUCCAAGAAAAAUCAGAGAUUCAGCGGCAGAUCUUUUCAAUCAAAUUCAAGAGUGGAACAAUCUUUGCAUUAACGGCUCAACAAUUUUGUUUAAGAUAAACGCUGCAAAAACAAAUCCUCAUAGCUGGUAGUGUCGUCUAUUUCAUAAGAAGCCAUUUUCAAACAACUCAAAAAAUGAACCGAAGGAAGAAGUUAAGAGCAGGUGGUGCAGAGGAGGUAGAAGAAGAAGGGGAAUCUUGCAACGCCAGCAGUGACAUGAAACUAAUAUCAUCUGACAAGAAAGUAAAAGAAACUGAAAAUGUGGAGGAGGUUGAAGAGGAGGAAGAAAAAACACCAACGAGCAAUCAAAAUCCUACUACUACAACUACUACUCCUCCAAAACCAGAAAAAGAGGAAGAAGGAGAGCAGGAUUCAGAACAAGAUGAUCCCACUGGCUUGGAAGGGGCAGCAUUUCAUAGCAGAUUACCAUUUGACAAAAUGUCCGCUCUGGAAGCUGCGUGUUUCCCCGACGUCAAUGUAGCUCCACCUCAAACUCAAAAAGUUUUCCUUCACAUUCGAAACCGGGUUCUUCAACUCUGGUUGGACAACCCUAAACAACAGCUUUUGCUAGAAAAUACAAUACCAAUGGUAGAGCCGCCCUACAACAGCGAUGUCAACCUUGUAACUCGCAUUCACUCUUUCCUCGAACGCCAAGGGUAUAUUAAUUUUGGAAUUUUCAAAAGGCUGAAACCACUUCCGACUGUCAAAAAAGGAAGAGCAAUUGUGAUAGGGGCUGGAAUAGCUGGGCUGGCUGCUGCUCAACAGAUGCAGCAGUUUGGAAUGGAAGUUGUUAUUCUAGAGGCUAGAGACAGAGUCGGUGGGAGGAUUGCAACGUUCCGCAAGGGGAACUACAUCGCUGACCUUGGUGCAAUGGUUGUUACAGGACUGGGAGGAAACCCUGUUACUGUUCUGUCUAAACAAAUCAACAUGGAACUCCAUAAAAUUCGUCAAAAGUGCCCACUUUAUGAGUCUAAUGGUGGAACUGUACCCAAAGACAAGGACGAAAUGGUUGAAAGAGAAUUCAACCGGUUAUUAGAAGCUACUAGUUAUCUGUCUCACCAACUAGAUUUCAAUUUUGCAAACAGUAAACCUGUUUCCCUUGGUCAAGCUUUAGAAUGGGUUAUCAAACUACAAGAGAAAAAUGUUAAGGAAAAACAAGUUCAACAUUGGAAAGCUGUUAUAGCACUUCAAGAACGUUUGAAGGCAAAUCAAAAUCGAAUGCUCACUGUGAAAGAACAGGUUGAAGAACUUCAACUGCAGCAUAAAGAAUUGCUGGAAUCAAAAACAACUAGAGAUAUUACACAAGAAUUUGUAGUUCGCUCAAAGCAAAGAGAUCUCAGUAUCGCUUGUAAAGAAUGGGAUCAGUUGCUGGAGCAGCAAAAAGAGAUAGAAGAAAAGCUACAAGAGCUUGAAGCAUCACCUCCAAGUGAUGUGUACUUAUCUUCUAGAGAUCGUCAAAUCCUUGAUUGGCAUUUUGCAAAUCUCGAAUUUGCUAAUGCCACUCCUCUUAGCACUCUGUCCCUAAAACACUGGGACCAAGAUGAUGACUUUGAGUUUACAGGAAGUCAUUUAACAGUGCGGAAUGGCUAUUCUUGUGUACCAGUAGCUUUAUCCGAAGGUCUGGACAUCAAGUUGAACACCGCCGUUCGGCAAAUCAGAUACUCCAAUAAAGGAGUUGAGGUUCUCACAUCGAAUGCUCGCAACCACGGGAAUCCAAUGACUUAUAAAGGAGACGUGGUGUUGUGCACUUUGCCUCUAGGAGUACUUAAGCAAUGCACCGCUUCUAACUCCCAGGGAAUGCCAAACUCUGUUCAGUUUGUUCCUCCACUCCCCGAAUGGAAAUUAUCAGCCAUUCAACGCCUCGGUUUUGGAAACCUCAACAAAGUUGUUUUGUGCUUUGAACGAAUAUUUUGGGAUCCAAGUGCUAACUUGUUUGGACAUGUCGGUAGCACCACGGCAAGCAGAGGAGAGCUUUUCCUCUUCUGGAACCUUUACCGUGCCCCAGUGUUGUUGGCUUUGGUAGCUGGCGAGGCAGCAGCUAUCAUGGAGAAUGUGAGUGAUGAUGUCAUCGUUGGUCGUUGCAUCGCUGUACUAAAAGGCAUCUUUGGUAACAGUGCUGUGCCUCAGCCUAAGGAGACAGUAGUUACUCGGUGGAGGGCUGACCCUUGGGCUCGGGGCUCAUACUCCUUUGUAGCUGUCGGGUCCUCGGGUAGCGACUAUGACAUCCUGGCUACACCAGUGGUGCCACCCUCCACAGGUCCUGGCGACACCCCUAGCAGUCCACGAUUGUUCUUCGCCGGUGAACACACCAUCCGCAACUACCCAGCCACAGUACACGGUGCUUUCCUCAGCGGGCUGCGUGAGGGAGGGAGAAUAUGUGACCAGUUUUUGGGGAUACCAUACGCACCUCCCACCACAAUCCCUGAAUAACUCAGAACUGACGAUUAAAAGUUUUGAAGAUUUUAGAUUAUAAACUGACUGAUGACAAAUUUAAUAUUAUAUGUUUGCUAACUUAGUCUACUUUAACUAUAGUACCACAAUUUAGUAGUUUAUCCACUAGGUACAAUUUAUACUUUCAUGGAUUUAAUAUCUAAUUGACUUGAUCUUACUACUCCUUUAAAUGAUAUUUUUGUAUGAAUGUUCAUAAAAUGUUUAGUCUUAUGUCUUAUGUUUGAGUUACUUUUAUAUUUUGUGAAUAGCAUUGUGGUCAUCUGAAGUUUGUCAAUGUGUGUGAUUCCUGAACUAAUCAGUGUUGAUCGCAUGAAUAAAUUGCACAAGUAUUGUUAUUAAACGUUUUCCAUCCUAUGACCUACUUAGUAGGAUGUCACUAUUUGAUCUCAAUUAAACUAAGUUUUGCCAGUUUUUCAUAGUAAUACUCUACUUUAUAAU